AUGGGGUCGCAUUGGAGCAUACCGGUAGAUGAUGAUGUGGAACGCCGCAAGCAACCCAAACAUCAACCAAGGCCAAGAGGGAGAAUAAAUGUAACAGGAAGAGGAGACCGAGGACAACCGGUGCACCAUAAUGCAACCAUGGGAGGAACAACUCAUGGAGGAGAUAUGUCAGGGUACUUUGAUCAGUUAUCUUUGAGUGUAAACUGGAUCAGAGGAACGGCUGAACAAAUGCUUGUUAAUAACCUGUUAAGUAACUUAUUAUCUUCACUUAAGUUUCAUGAAAGAAUGGUUGAAAUGGAGGUUGAUGGUGAUUCUUUACCAACACAACAAUCUGGAAGUUCAAAUACAAGUGUAAAUCCUUCACAUACAACAGAAACUUCUAACUCUAAGAAAGUGGAUGAAGGGAAAAAGACCGAAAAAAGAAAGCAAAAGGCGGAUACUUCUGAAGCAUGGCAACAUUUUACUAGAGAUCCUGAUGAUCCUAAUUACUCCGUUUGUAAUCAUUGUACCAGACGACUGCAUUGUCCUAGUAAUAAUGGAACUAGUUCUAUGCGGAAUCAUACAGCACGUUGCACUAAAAACCCUGAUAACAUCGACAAAAAACAAAAAUUGUUGAUGUUUCAAAACCAAGCUUCUAAACAAGAAAACAGAGAAAGUGUUUCUACAUUUGUCCCUUGGAAAUUUGACCAAGCCAAGUGUAGAUAUCUGUGUGCUAGAAUGAUCAUUAUUGACGAAUUACCAUUCAAGACUGUCGAACAUGAAGGGUUUCGUGACCUAUUGAACAUGUUGCAACCACAAUUUCAAAUCCCUUCAAGAACCGCUAUUACCAAUGAUUGUUUGGAGAUAUAUAAGUCAGAAGCGGAAAAGUUGAAGAAGUAUUUUGCUAAGAACAGACAACGCGUUUCUUUAACAACCGAUCUGUGGACUUCUAGGCAAAAUCUUAGUUACAUGUGUUUGACAGCUCAUUUUAUCGAUAAAGACUGGACCAUUCACAAAAGAAUAAUAAACUUUUGUCCUGUUUCUGGUCAUUCUGGUGAGAUAAUUGGAAAAUAUGUGGAGAAGAACUUACUUGAUUGGGGACUAGACAAGGUUUUCACAGUUACAGUUGACAACGCUAGUUCAAAUGAUCUUUGUAUUCGAUACCUAAAAAGAAGAUUGAAUGCAUGGAAGCAUAGUGUGUUGGAUAGUCAACAUUUGCAUAUGAGAUGUUGUGCCCACAUCUUAAGUCUUGUUGUCAAAGAAGGUUUAAAAGAUGUAGACACAAGUAUUGCCCGAAUUCGAUCAGCUGUGAAAUAUGUGAGGUCUUCUCCGGCUAGGCUUCAACGCUUUAAGGGAUGUGUUGAGAAAAUGAAAAUUGAGAGUAAAAGCCUUGUUUCUCUUGAUGUUGAAACAAGGUGGAAUUCAACAUACUUGAUGCUAGAAAGUGCUAUCAAGUUUCAAGAUGCUUUUGAUUUAUUGGAGGAGCAAGAUAGUAAGUAUAGGUCCGAGCUUUUAUCAUUGAAGGGGUUGCCCAAUGAAGAAGAUUGGGAGCAUGUUAGGUGUAUGUUACCUUUCUUGAGAGGUUUUUAUACAUCUACUUUGCGUAUUUCUGGCUCCUUGUAUGUAACUAGCAACAAUUACUUUCAUGAAGUCUUUGGCAUUGGAGCAAUGAUUAAAAAAAAGAUGAUAACAAGUGAUGAUGGUUUUAAAAAGAUGGCUACUAAAAUGAAGGAGAAAUAUGAUAAGUAUUGGAGCAAUUCAUCAAACAUAAAUGUGCUUUUAUUUAUUGCUCCAAUUCUUGAUCCACGAUACAAGUUAGGUUAUGUUUCCUUCAUUAUUAGCCAAACUUAUGAUGAAGAAAAAGCCAAAAAUUUGUGUGAUCAAGUAGAGAAAGUAUUGCGAGAUUUGUAUGCUCAUUACUCGCAUGAAGUUGGAGUUAUUAAUGAAAAUUCGACAAGUAGUUCCGAAAAAGUUGAUGAAGAGAUUGUUAUUGAUGUUGAUGAUGAUCCGACAACUUUCUUGAACAACCAAUAUAAAAGAUUGUUGGAAGAGAACUCAAGUGGUACAGCUGCAAAAUGUGAGUUGGAUUGGUAUUUGGGCGAGCAAUGUGAGUCUUUGGAUAACAAGUUCGAUAUACUUAGUUGGUGGAAGAAAAAUCAAGUAAGGUUUCCGGUCAUCGCGGCAAUUGCUAGGGAUGUUUUGGCAAUUCCCGCCUCAACUGUAGCUUCAGAAUCUUCAUUUAGUACCGGGGGACGCGUUCUUGAUGCAUUUCGUAGCUCAUUGACCCCCAAAACGGUGGAAGCAUUGAUAUAUUGUCAAAAUUGGCUUAGGUCCAAAAACGUUCCUAUUGAUAUUGAGGAAAGUUUUGAAGCUCUUGAAAACUAUGAAGCCGAAGUGAAAGACUUGCCUCAAGCUAUAUCCGCCCUUACUUUUUUUGAUGCAGUUUUGUAUAGUUUUUCAAUGUUGUUUUAUGCAGUUUUUUGGUUUGGUGUUGAUUUUGAGAUGAUUUGCUCCUGUUUUUUUGUUUUGUUGAAGGGAUUAUGGAUGACUCACGACGAGUUCAUGACCAGAGGUUCUAACACACCUUUGGUACCACCACUUGAAGAUCCCGAGUCUACACUUCACAAAAAGAUGGAUAAGAGCGUGAAAGAAGACCAAACACCAAAGAAGACACCCUUACAAGAACUAAAGUCAGCCUUUUCAAGGAAGUCAAGGAAGAAAACGGAGGAGUCAGUUUCAUCUUCAAAGAACAAGAGCAAGCUUUAA